AUGCAUCGCGCAACUUCUUUCCUUCCCACAGAGAUAUUCUCUCGAAAUCUUUUUCGUAUCCAGAACUUGCGUCGCGCCUCAUGUCUCUCAACUUCUUCGCACGCAAACAUACCAAUCACUCCAAGUCGGGUCCCCUCCUACAACUAUAUUGAGGGGGUUGAAAGGGCAUUUGAAUACCGACCUGGAGGCUACCAUCCUAUCGGAAUUGGAGACACUCUUCACCACAGAUAUCGCGUGGUCGAUAAACUUGGGUGGGGCGGCUGUUCAACAAUCUGGCUCGCUAGAGAUACGACAUUGUCCAGAUAUGUUGCAGUGAAAGUUGGCGUCGCAGGGUCCGACGACAAAGAAGUCGAGAUCCUGUCCAGGCUCUCAAACCCUAUGGCUGGAAGUGAUGACAGAGGUAAAAGUUUGUUCCGGCCUAUUCUAGAUCGCUUCAGCCUGAAUGGACCGAAUGGUACUCAUCCUUGUUCUGUUGCCACCGUUGCGCGAUGCAGUCUUGCGUACUUGGAAGAUGAUGAGGACCGUGGCGUCCAUGACCUCUCAGUUGUUCGAUCUCUUGCCGCACAACUGGCGAUAGCUGUGAGAUACAUGCACAAGCAGGGCUUCGUCCAUGGAGGUGACCUCCGAUCCUAUCCAUUUCUUUAUAAGUUCAAAUUUUUAACACAAGUUUUGUUAGAUCUCCAUCUGGGAAACAUUCUUCUCCAACUACCCCAAAGCUUCGACGACAUGUCAGACCAGCAGAUCUAUGACCGGUUCGGCAUGCCAGAUCCCAUAGCGGUCUAUCGAACUGAUGGUGGGCCACUUCCACCAGGCGUCCCCAGUCAUGUUUUCGAACCUCAACCGUCUGAUGUUACCGGCUCGAACAUCACCCUCCCCGAGUCCAGAAUCCUUCUCGCAGAUUUGGGCAGAGCGUUUUGUCCUGCACUGGAAAGCCGAUUAGAAUCUUACACGACUGUGGGGUUAAGGCCGCCAGAGGCACGCUUCGAACCAACAACUUCCCUUUCUUUCGCGUCCGAUAUAUGGGGCAUGGCUUGUGCAAUCUGGCACAUUGCUGGACGAGAGCCGGUUUUCGAACAUCUUCUAUUUGAAGAAGACGACGUUACGACUGGCCAGGUCGACCGCCUUGGUCCUUUGCCUCCCGAGUGGUGGGAGAAAUGGGAGACACGAUCACAGCAUUUUCAUCAAGACGGCACACCAGUUCCGAUCAGAACACCGAUCACAUGGGAACAACGCUUUGAAGAAACCAUUCAGCAACCUCGGCGUGAAGAGGGUAUGGGAGCAUUUGACCAAAAUGAAAGUCAGGCCUUUCAAGAAAUGCUGAGGGGGAUGCUUGUGUACAGACCUGGCGAUCGGCUGACCGCCGAUCAGGUCCUGAAUACGCGAUGGAUGAGAGAAUGGGCGAUACCCGAGUGGGAGAAGAUUGAGAAGUGA